AUGCAGAACUUCCUGAGGCUGCUGCGGGAGCAUGGGGACACCCACUGUCUCCCACAGGACCUGGUGACCCUCGCAGGCAAGCUGUGUCGGGACUUCCAGCACAACCUUGUUCAGGUGCUGUCUUUGGUGAAAGCCAUUCUGGAGAGCCGGCAUCUUCAGCACCUGCUCCACAAUGCAGACGUGGUGCUCGUGUGUGCCCAGGUCCUGGUCCGGCAGGAGCAGCACCUUUCAGCCCUCCAGAUUUUAGAGGGGUGUAAGGUGCCAGGAGGCAGCCAGGAGCUGGUACAGCUCUGGAAUGACAUUCACUACCACCUGAUCAUGAGGAAGCUGGGGGUCACCACGCUGAGCCCAGUGCAGAAGUUUCGUUGCAGGAAGAGGAACCCACCACCCACAACCCUCUGCCCCGAGGGCCCUAAGAGCCGGAACUUCCUCCCAGAGAUUCGGCGCCACCUGCACAACUUUGCCACAAGUGUGGGUGUUUUUCCCAAGAAGGCCCAGUUGGAGAAACUGGCGUCAGAGACCAGCUUGACUCCUGAGCAGGUGUACAACUGGUUUGCCAAUUAUCGGCGACGUCAGAAGGCUCGUCCCCUGCAUGUUCCGAGAGCCCUCAAGACCAGGUCAGGAGCCUCCAGUGCAAAGGAGUGGGGUCCUGAACCACUGCAGCCCUCAGGAGACCGUCAAGAGCCUGUGGCUGCAUCUCCGUGGUCACUCUAUGGAUAUGACAGGUGCCAGGAGGGACCAGGUUACGAUCCUGCCAGCCUAACCUCCGUAUACCCUGCCCCUGGCCUCUGCUCUCUGGCUGCCAGCGACAACCUGUCUGUUUCCUCGGUGGCUAACCAUGAAUCAUGGACGAUGCCCCCUGCGCCAUCAUCCUCUGGGGGAGUUUUCCUACACACGGGGCAGCCAAAACAUAGACACCAGAAAGAGGCUGGGAUGGAUCCUGAAGAUGCCACCGUGUCGAGGGCCAUUUCUACCGUCAGCGAUCCCUGUCAUGCAGGAUUUGCUGAUCUGCACAGUAAUUGUUUCCAAAGCAUGUACCCACAGGAGGGUCGAGGACCAAGUCCUGGACAGGCAGCUUCAACCGCAGGCUUCAAAGUUCAUCAUCCUCACAGUUCUUUGGAGGUGAUGCCUGCCACAGCUGCCACGCCAGCACCGGUGUCCACCAUGGAGCUGAGCCAGCCCUUGCUCUCCAGGUGCAACAGCUUUCCAGCCAAGCCUCCUUCCUGGGAUGCCUUCGGGGCAGCCGUUGAGUUUCCUGAGUCCAGCCUGGGUGGGGCUGUUCGUGUGGAGAUGGGCCUGCGCAUGGAAUGA